CGCCCACAGCAGGGGAUGUGCAGGGACGCCCUGGCUACAGCAGCACUCACCCUGGAGGGGACGGCUGGUGGGCUCCGCGGGCCGGGAGCAGCCUCCGCAUCUCUCUUGCCUUCCCCUCUCAGCCGGCGGGCGGGACCCCGGUGGUGGGGGCGACAGCCCAGCCCGGCCCGGCCCCCCCUCUGCCCCUCGGGGGGUGGCCGCCACCGCCCUGCCCCGCGGUGCCGUUCCGUGCAGCGCCGCCGGAGCGCUCAGCUUUUAAAUGCCCUCGACGCGGCGAUCUAUCAGCGCCAGGAGCCGGGAAAGUCCCGCAGGCGCCGCAGCCAUUGGCUGCCGCCCCCCACGUGCCUGCCCGCUGCCUGUACCUUCGUGUCAUUUUCCUGCCGGCCCCAUGGAGGAAGUGGGAAAGUUGGCGCGGCCCCGCCGGACGCUGAAGACCCGGUGGCGGCGUGACAGAGGGACACAGCGAGGAUGAGCUCUUUCCUCGAGUACCCCGUCCUCGGUGGCGAGGCGGGGGGCUGCGCCGCCCGCGCCUACCACCCUGACCACGGAAUUACAACUUUCCAGCCUUGCGCCGUCAGCGCCGGCAGCUGCAGCGGGGAGGACCGCUUCCUCACGGGCCGCGGGGUGCCCAUCAGCCCCCACCGCCACCAUCACCACCACCCCUCGGCCCAGCCCGCCGCCUACCAGCACCACGGCGGCCUGGGGGUGUCCUACGCACACCCCGGCUGCGGCCCGACCUACGGCGCGCAGGGCUUCGGACCGGCAUACGGCCCAUACCCCUUGGGGCAGGACGCGGAGAUGGGCGGCGGCUUCCCCCCCUGCGCCCCGGCAGUGUAUUCGGGGAGCAUAUCCUCGUCCUCCGCUGCGCAGCACCCGCACCAGGGCUACGCCGGGGGGCCCGCUCAGUACGUGCCUCCCCACUACGGGCAGGAGCAGCAGAGCCUGUCCCUGGGCACCUACAACCAUGCCCUGUCUCCCCUCCACGCUGGCCACCGGGAAAACGCCCGCUCCCCCUCCGCUGAGACCUUGCCACCAGCGCAAACCUUCGACUGGAUGAAAGUGAAAAGAAACCCACCCAAAACAGGCAAAGCUGGCGAAUACGGCUUCGUGGGGCAGCCCAACACAGUCAGAACUAACUUCACCACCAAGCAGCUCACUGAGCUGGAGAAAGAGUUUCAUUUCAACAAGUACCUGACCCGGGCCAGGCGGGUAGAAAUCGCUGCCUCCCUCCAGCUCAACGAGACACAGGUGAAGAUCUGGUUCCAGAACCGGAGGAUGAAGCAAAAGAAGAGGGAGAAAGAGGGGCUUCUGCCCAUCUCCCCCGCCACCCCCACGGGCUGCGAGGAGAAGGCAGAGGAGUCGUCGGAGAAGUCCUGCUCCUCGCCCUGCACCGCCUCGCCUGCCUCCUCCGCCGCUUCGGACACACUCGCUGGCUCCAACUGAGACCCGCCGAGCCCCGACGGCCGCCUGACGAGAGGGCCCCGCCAGCGCAGCUCGCUUCCUUUCACCGCCGUUAUGUCGGUCUCCCGGUUGGUCCCUUGGUCGGUCGCUCUCCCUGAGAGGUCCCGGCUCCCCCUUCCCCCACCCAGUUCCCCUUUCUCAUGCCGUCUAGUCCCGGGGGUACCGGCUCCACCGCCCUCUCGCCUCCCAUCGGCCGGCUCCCGGCGCCUCGGUGCCAGGGGUUUUCUCCUCCCAACCCCAGCAACCGUCCCAAACUUUUUCUGCUGGAGGAUCUGUGUUGGCACACGAGUCUCCCUCCUUCACUGCAGGGACGGUCCUCCGAGUUUCCCGAAGUGGCAGACAGGUUAUCUAGGGUACAUAACCUCAUGAAGAGAUGCACUAUUGCAAGUGUUUACACGACUAAUAGGACUUUCAUCCCCUUAAUUUAACGUAUUCUUUGUUCGUGUCUAUGAGUUUGUUGCUUGUAAAUACUUUGUCCGAGAGAUUUAUCUUUUUACAGAUUUUUCUAGAGAUGACGUUUCGAUUAUCAGGUUAAGCAGGGUGAGCACAUUUGCCAAACUGGAUCCACUUUUAUAUUGGUAAAGCUGAUGACCGUAUCAAGUAAACGUCUUAAGCUCAAGCAGAUACCUCAAGACAAAAAAGAGUAGCGCUAUUUCUUUAAAUGUGACAAACAAGGCUUCAAUUGCACUAGGUUUUGUAAACCUUACCCAGUGUGCUUGCCCCCUCUUCCCCAAAGCUGUGCUGGAUUAUGCUCAACCAAAGGGUAUAACUGUCCAAAAGACCUCACCUCUUCCUAGUUUCCUACUAACCUUACUUUCGACUCGAUGUCUUUUCAACCUACUUGUGAAUGUGCCGAAUGGCCAAAUGAAUGUAUAAUUUCUGUGGUUGGUGUCCAGACCAUUGCAUGAUGCACCGUGCUUUGCUGUACUGCGGGUACACUGAGUUCUAUCAGUUGUAGUGUGUGAGCGAAAUGUCCUCCUGAUUUUCUGUACAAUCAUGAAAGGCUCUGGGAUUCCUCCAGUGAUGGAAGCCAGGGCAAGAUUUACGGGUCCUUAUAAUGUCUGUAAUAAAUAUAUUCCACUUUCAGGUA